UACACUAUUAUAUUGUUCUUUAUAUUUCAGGAGCAUUUUACCUGCUCUUCUUUCUUUCUUCUCCGUUCCUUGUUAUCUCACAAAACAUGUCCGAAAUACAGCCGACUUAUCUCUCUUCAAGUUGCCCGGGAAUAUCUAAUUAUAGUCGUUUCAGCCAGUUCGAGACAAACCUUCAGCGCCUUCUCAUCCGGCGGCUUUAUGGUCAAGGAAGUAUCUAUGGUUUCUUUAACGAUACGGAAGGGGAAAAUCCAGACAAGGUUUAUGGCCUUUUCCUCUGUAGAGGUGAUGUUCAACCCAAUAUGUGCCAAAGCUGCAUUGACGCAGCAAGCGCUGAGAUCGUAAAGGAAUGCGCUGCUGACAAAGAAGCUAUCAUAUAUUAUGAUGCAUGCCUGGUGCGCUAUUCCUAUAGAUCUUUCUUCUCUAUCAUGGAGCUAUCACCUUCUAUUUAUAUGUAUAAUAUUGCAAAUGUAACGGACUUUGAUAAAUUUGAAAAGAGUCUGGCCGAGACUUUCGACAAUCUGACUACGAAGCUUUCAAAUGCUUCUAACCACAUGUAUGCAACUACAGAAGUUAAUGUUUCAAGUUUCAUGACGCUGUAUGGACUUGUUCAAUGCACCCCUGAUUUGUUAGUUGCAGACUGUCAAUCUUGUCUACGUAGCUCAAUUGCUGCAAUCCCAUCUUUCGCGACUGGAAAACAAGGUGCGAGAGUUUUACGACCAAGCUGUAACAUCAGGUAUGAGAUAUAUCCAUUUUAUGGAAAACCUCGAGACGAAUCAACAAACACUGCGAUAAUCAAGAAUCCUGGAGUUGAAUCAGAAGCACCCCCUCCUUCAGUAAACAAAACAAGUGGCUCAAACGUAACAGACUUAGAAGGUGGCAAACAAGGCGAAUCAAAGUGGAUUCCUAUUGUUGCAAGUUUAUCCGCAAUUUUUGGUGUCACUCUGUUCUGUUCUGGAGGUAUUUUCCUUUGGAGAAGGAGAAAUUUUCAAGAGAAUAUAGAUCAUAACAGUCAAGAAGUUCAGUUACUUGAAUUCGGAGGAAGAGUUAGCGAUGGUUACUCAAAUGAAAAUUUUCAAGGUGAGAGUGGGGUGAGAUCUAAGGAGUUCCCUUCUAUUCGGUUGGACAUUUUACAAACAGCAACAAAACAAUUCUGUGAUGAAAAUAAACUUGGAGUAGGUGGAUUUGGCCCUGUAUACAAGGGCAAAUUGGCAGAUGGUAAAGAAAUUGCAGUUAAAAGGCUCUCUAGAACUUCUGGGCAAGGGUUACUUGAGUUCAAGAAUGAAGUCAUGUUAAUUGCCAGACUACAACAUAGAAAUCUUGUGAGACUCCUGGGCUGCUGCUUGGAGCAAAACGAAAAACUGCUUGUCUAUGAAUACAUGCCCAAUAAAAGCCUUGAUGUGUUCCUCUUUGGAUUCGUCAUGAAAUAUGGUAAAAAAUUAACUAACUACUAUUAUUCUUUUGGGUGGUUCUUUCCAGAUUCAAGCAUUGGUGUGCAACUGGAUUGGCAGAAGCGUCUUAGCAUUAUUAAUGGCAUUGCCCGAGGCAUCCUGUAUUUACAUGAGGAUUCUCGUCUUAGAAUUAUUCAUAGGGAUCUUAAAGCUAGCAAUGUUUUGCUAGAUCACGAGAUGAACCCAAAGAUAUCAGAUUUUGGAAUGGCAAGAAUUUUUGGUGGAAAUCAAAAUGAAGCAAAUACAAAUAGAGUGGUUGGAACAUAUGGAUACAUGGCACCAGAGUAUGCUAUGGAAGGACUUUUUUCAGUCAAAUCCGAUGUUUUCAGUUUCGGAGUCCUCUUACUGGAGAUAAUAAGCGGCAGAAGGAACAAUGGCUUUCAUCUUUCGGAGCAUGGUGAAAGCCUCCUAACCUUUGCAUGGAAACUAUGGUCUAAAGGUCAAGGAAUGGAGCUAAUAGACCCGCUCCUUGUUCAGUCGUGUGUGCCCACUGAAGUUCUUAAAUGCAUCCAUAUUGGGCUGUUGUGCGUGCAAGAAGACCCAGCAGACAGACCUACCAUGUCAUCUGUGAUUGUCAUGUUGGCAAGCGAGACCUUAACACUUCCUUUGCCAUCAGAACCUGCAUUUUCUGUUGGACGCGUUGUUGCAGAACCAAUUCAAUCCACUUCAAAUGAUAGAGUCUGUUCUGUUAAUGAGGUUACAAUUUCAAAUGUCUCACCUCGGUGAUUGAUUAGUGGUUGCAUCUUCCUUUAUUUCACUAUUCGAAGGAUGCUAGCUUCUGAACACUUAUUAAGCCUUUUUUUGGCUGAAUGAAAUCAUAAAAUGUAUUUAAACCUUUUCAACAAAAGAAUGGGAGAUAUCUUCAUAUAUCAAUAUACAAAAGAAAAAAAAAU